CAGAAGAGGCCCGGCUGCAAGAGGAGGAGGAGGAACGCAUGCGGGUGGAGACCGAGCGGCUGGAGGCGGAGGAGCAACGAUUGCGCGAGGCCGAGGAGCGCGUCCUGCGUAGGAUGCAGCUUAUCGACACAGACGAAACGGUUCGGCGCACCCAGGAGGGGCUGGCCGAGGCCCAGGCGCUUGAGUACCAGAACGAUCGGUGGGAGCGGUACAUGCGCUGUGACGGCCUGCCGGACCCGCUGACCCGCCAGGAGGUCACGGCGUACCUCAACAGCUGGCGCGAGAGCCCGAUCGAGGUGGAGACGCACCUGGAGGUGAUGCGCCGCACGGACCAGGUGCUGCGUGUCAUCGACGACCUGCAGCGUCACGUGCGCGAUAAGGCGUACGGCGACGGCGAGCUGUCCGAGGACAUGGCGACCAUCCUGCAACAGUACCAGGACACGCAGACGGCGAAGCUGGACGUGGCCACUUACAACGUGCUGACAGACUUGCGUCCACACAUCGACCUGGAGACGAACACGGUGCAAUUCUGCAGCCUGGGCACUCACAUCAGCCUGGCGCUCUGGUCCAACUGCAGCAAGAACUUAAAGAACAAGGGCUACCUAUUCCAGGAUCUGGGGGUGCGGUUCGAACUACCCAAACAGCUUAUGGAUAAGGACAUCGCAGUCCGGAUCAUGCGGACUGAGUAUGACCAUGUGUCUAAGUUUUGCCGCACGAAGAAGAUGCUUGAUCUGGCAGAGUUCCGAGCCCGGGAGGCGCUCUCAGACGUCAUCCUCGAGGAGGACGUGCGCUUGCAGAGGGAGCAGGAGGAAGCCGAGCGAGCCGCCAUCGAGAAAGCCGAGCGCGAGGCGGCCGAGGCGGCGGCAGAGGCGGCUGCCGCAGCCGCAGCAGCAGCCAAGUUGUAAAGGUGGCCUCUCUGCUGAUGGUGACCGAUAAGGAGGAGGUGAACCUGCGGCGAUACCGUGUCAUCGGCGGACUGAUCCACUUCGAUCUGCUAGACAUUCCGCCGCAGCCCAAGGUGGUCGGCGACUGGACCCUGCGUGCGAUUGACGAGCCUCAGACGGUGCGACGGUACGCGUUCCGGGCCGACUACCAGCCGCCGCCGCCGCCGGAGAGUCAGGCCAACCGGCGCCGGGAGCCGGAGCAGAUCGAGCGCGAGAUCCGGCAGCAGGAGGCCGAGCUGCAAAAGUUGAUAGCCGUCAGUGUCGAUCUGCCCGACACAACGUUAUGGUUCGAGCCGCCAUUUUUCGUGCGUUGGGACGACGAGCGCACGUUCUGGAGCACAGAAGGAUUCUACGACUCCAGGUACAACGAGGAGACGUACGUCCUCCAGUCGCGCACGCUCCGUCUGGGACUGUUCGGGCUGGCGGUGAAUCGGUUCUCGAACCUGCCGUACCAGAGCUGGGCCUUCACGCCAACAGGCGUCGCCUCAGCUGAGCUCAGCAUCACGGCGGCCGUCGCCACCGUCCACCUGUUGGUGCAGGACGACCUGGUCAGUCUGAUUCAGGUGACGGGCGGCUCUAGCGACUGCCUGGAGGCCUUCUACAAACAGCCCAUGAAACCUGAAAAACUAAAACAGGUGAUGCAGCGCCACGGCCUGGACCUGUUCCCCGAGGAGGACUCGUACCUGUACAUCGAGGGCUCGUCACUGAAGCACCAGCCCUGCGAGAAACACCUGUACUGGUGCAUGGCGCUGGUCGGCAACGCCUACGGCUUCAGCUCCAGCCGCUGGAAUCUGCUGGCAGGCGCCGACAAUCUGGUGCUGCAGUUCCGCGAGAUGCUCAGCGAACAGCUGCAGGGUAACCCGGCGCUGCUGCUCGUGCGACCACGCAAGACCACCAUCGUGGAGUGUCUGGAGACCAGCCAAGCGUGGGCGGACGCCGAGGCUCCGGGCAUGCCGUAUUUCGCCGACCUGUACCACUUGGUGGAGGGCCUGGGCUCGCAGGAGGCGCGCGCCCGUCUCGAAGCAGCCCCCUGCACGUUUGUCGACUGUCUGCACACCCUCUUCACCUCCACCCGACUCCUGUCAUACUCGUAGAAAGACCUGACAACCGCAAGCCUGCAGAUGGUCAUGUCACCUACGUGGUCACAGCUGAUCCGCCGCCACACUGCUGGUUUGUCUCUGUGGCGGUGGUGCGCCGGGCCUGCUCUGGCGAGUCGUCGCCACUGCGUGCCGCCGUUCAUCGGUGGCCUCUGCCGCGGUGGGCGGGAGUGCUCCUCUGUCCGCCUCAUACAGUGGAUAACGUACGUAACGUUAUCCCCGGGCAGUGGAGAGCGUGCGGCUGGUGCCAAACACACUGGUCAGCGCUAUCUCGCCUCCGCUACUGUUCAAUAACGCUAUCCCAAUGGGUGGAACGGUCUCGUGGUCUCGUCCGCUCACUCCACGAACACCGAAACCCUGGAGACGGCCUCUUCGCAGCCGCCGACUCCAGCCGCAACGGACGCUCAGGCUGACUGAGGGCCGCCGAUGGCGUUCAGUCGUACAAUGGCUGGUGUUCAUGUGUGAGCUAGAACGUCAUGGAAAAUGUAAGCAGUUGAAGCUGGCGGGGAGACGGGGUACGAUGGGAUGGGUAUAGCGACGCUAUCUGUACGAGUAUAUGAUUGGCUUUUGUCUCAAAGGAUAGAACCCCGCUGCCAAAAAUUUUGCAAGCUCGUAUUGUGUUGAAUUGAUUACGACGAGCAAACUGCUUCGCGUACGAGAUGGCCUUGCAUGUCCAAUAUCGUGCGUUAUUUGUUGACUUGUUCAAAAGUUGAUUACGUGGAAACGAUGCGCUUUUGUUCGCUGAGGUCAGGAGCCCAAUCGAAUAGCUUUUGCAGGAAUACUUUGGUCGCAGGCGCCAGUUUAUUGUGUUUCCAAGUGGUCUUCUCUUAUGAUUUUGGGACGAGACGCCUCUAAGUUUUCUUCAAAAUUCUAGCACGCGUGAAAUUGAAUAGUAACACACGUUGUAGCGUGUGUGCUGUUUGAUUGUGUGUCACGAGUGGAGGGCCAGGGUUCGUUCGUUCUCAAGUGGUUAGUUAAAUGAGAAAUUAUCCCCGUUGUGCAUGCUUGUUAUUUGUUUCAUAGCACACUGGUAUUGUACCAAUAGACAACGUUCAGCUGGUGGUGACAGCUGGAGCUGAUAAUCUCUGUGGUUUUUGUUUUAUGAUGCUUCAUUUGAGAUGUAACCUCUCGCUACGGGAACGCAUUUGCAUUUCGCACACAGUGGAAGAGCUGAACAGCCUAGCGUCCAUUUCGGCGCGUUGCCGUGGCUCCGGAUAUUGAAAUGUCCCGAAUCAUCACAGCCCGGGGUUUCGUGGCUUUCUUCAGCUGUGACGAUGACUUGAGCGCAUUGGCACGUGUCACGAGGACCCAAU